AUGUUCAGCGCGGGUGUUACUUUGUGGGAGAUGAUCGAAAGAAGAUCUCCAACUUUCUCGGCCAACUAUCAAAUCGAGAAACUGCAAGCGGCAGAGAAAGAUAUUGAGGAGAUUUUUAUGAGCUGUGUCGAUGAAGACGCACAGAAGCGUCCUUUGCCUGCUGAAGCUCAAAAGCAAGUGAGCAAGAUUCAGAAAAUAUUCGAAACCGUUUUUCAAGUGACUCCUCGACGCCGACCGGAAAAUAGUUCAUUGGUUAUGCCUGACGGUUAUGACCAAGAGAUUGUUGAAAUCUUCAAAGACAAUUCCUCUACAACUUAUUGGGAGUACAAAAGCACUACCGGUAUGGAACCCGAAGCGUUCGAGCAACUUGAUUCAGGAUACCAAACUGUCCUUGAUGUUGCCCUGAAAGAGGACUUUCUGAAAACGGCUCUACAAGAGGAUUUAAUGCACACGGAAAUGACUGCCUGCCUCAAGCUCUUGGAAAGCGGGACGAAUUGGAGAGUUCCGUUUAUAACUGAUGACUUCAUGUACCCUGAGCCCGAAACUCCAGGUUUAUGGUGGUCAAUUCAAGAAGAUGUGCCAAAGUUUUCUUGUGCCGGCUUCGACAGCUUUCCUACAAUGCUCGAGCUUUCAUAUGAGAAAAUGGUGAUUAUUGGACGAGGGACAUUUGGUGAUGUUUAUCGACUUAAGGGCAUGGAUGAUGUG